AUGUCCACGACCCCCCUUCACGCCAUGGUUUCGCUCAACAACACAGGAUGGCAUGCAGUGGCAUCAUGGACAUGGGGCGCGCAGGAUGACUCGUGCGGCAUUUGCCGCAUGGCCUUUGAUGGCUGCUGCCCCGACUGCAAGAUGCCUGGCGACGAUUGCCCUCUCAUAUGGGGUAUGUGCUCUCAUGCCUUCCACCUGCACUGCAUUCUCAAGUGGGUCAACUCGCAGUCUCCCCGCCCGCUGUGCCCCAUGUGCCGGCGCGAGUGGCGUUUCAGAGCUUAA